AUGGUGCUCACCUACCCCCAACCCCCUCUCCUCUCCGAGAUAACACAGGUGCCGUCCCGAGAUGGAUCCUCCAUCCGAACGAGCGAGACACAGACUACGGCAAAGGAGACCGCUGCGCCCUCCCCCAAAAAGUCUACAGCAAGACAGAUCGUUCUGACAAUCAUACUCUGCGCCGGGCUAAUGUUCUCCUGCCUCGACGCGUCCAUCGUCUCGACCGCCCUCGUGUCCAUCUCCGUCGAGCUGCAGGACUAUCACGACACCCCGUGGGGUGGUGCUGGCCUAUCUGCUGACGUAUAUGACAUCCCCUUUGGCGCGCUGGCCGUGUUGGGCAUCUACGCGCUCUGGCCGGAGGAGCGGCGGAAUAAGUACAAUACCGCGACGGCCCUGGCCAAGAUCGACUUCCUCGGCAACCUGCUGCUAGCCGCGGCAUCGAUACUCCUUGUGUUCGGCAUGCAGGAGGCGGGCUCCCUCGUCUGGAGCUGGUCCAGCCCGGUGAUUGUGGGCGCACUGGCUACUGCCGGCGCGUGCUGGAUUCUGCUCACACCGCCCUCGGCCGCCGGCACCCACCUCGCGCCAAUGCUCGGCGCCUGCGCCCUCGGCUCCUUCCUCGGCGGGGCCCUCUCCAAGCACACCAACCGCACCGUGCCGACGGCGGUGGUCGGGGGGGUGCUCCAGGUUGUGGGGGUGGGGUUGUUGGCGGGGUUUUCGAGGGGGUCUUUUUUGGCGGCUUCUUCUGAUGGUGGUGGUGGUGGGAUGGGGGGGAUGCGUCUGGGCCCGCUGCUGGGGUUCACGGCGAUCUACGGGCUGGGCGUGGGCCUGGGGUUCGCGGCGUGCACGAUGAUCGCGGCGAUGCAGGCGUGUGGACCGGGAGGGGGGUUGGCGGCGGCGCAGGGCGCGGUGGCGCAGGCGCGGGUGUUUGGCGGGGCGCUGGGGCUGGCGGCGUGUACGGUGUUGUUGGAUGGGAGGUUGAGGGAGGGGCAGGUCAGGGCUGGGUUGGAGGGGGAGGAGCUGGAGAAGGUGCAGCGCAGUUUGAUGGCUGUGUUGGAGCUGCCGGAGGGGGUGAGGAGGGAGGUGGUGAGGGUGUAUUUGAGUGCGUUUGGGGGUCAGAUGUUGUUGAUGGUGGUUGUGGCGGUGGUUGGGUUGGUGGCGAGUUUUGGGAUGUACAAGUCGAAGCCGGGCCAGGUUGUGGAAGGUCAUGGAGCACCAUAA